AUGAGAGCAACAACCUUGCAUCUGGCUGCUCUGUGCGCCCCGGUCGUGCUGGCAAUUCCCCAUGGAGGCAAUCAUCGACAUCAGCAUCCUGCGCGCCACCACGUAGAGACUGACUUUGCAACUGUCACUGACGUCGUUACUGUCACGGCCAACAAUGCUGUCGUCUGGGUUGAUCAGUACAACAAUGUCCUGUCCACCGAAUACCGUGAUCACCCAACUCCAACCAUUGUCGCCUCGCAUUCCGCUGCAACUCCUGUGGUCGUGCCGACUGCAUAUACUCCGCCUCCCGGCCACGCUUCACCCUUUCCUGUCGAGUCAGCCUCUCAUGCGUCUGAAUCGCCUGCCUCUGUGCCAGUUCCCACUCCCGAAUCUGCGCCGCCUGCCCCGCCGGCUCCUUCUUCCCAAGCUGCGGUUUCUUCUCCUCCACCAGUCGUGAGCGUCAUUCAGCCCUCGACUACCUCUGAUACCCCCUCCUCUGAAAAAAGCAUCGCUGCAGCAGCUGACAAAGGGAACUCAUACAAAGACGUCAAGGGUGGAGCCAGUGCCGGAGCUGGCGGUGGCUAUGGUAUCUGCUACGAACUCAUCGGCAGCAAUGGUUGCAAGGACCGCGGCACCAUGGAUUCCGAGUUUGGCUUCUUGGCCAGUCAAGGAUUCUCCAAAAUCCGCUUCUACGACAUUGGCUGUGAUCUUAGUGUGGCCACAGCUGCUGCCGCUGCUCAAGGUCUGCAAGUUAUGCUGGGUCUUAAUACUAUCGGCAAUGUUGCUGGUGAUUUGAGCACGCUUAUUGGCAUGAUCAACGGAAACUGGGGUCCUGUCGACACUGUCGUCAUUGGGAAUGAAGUGGUCAAUGCCGGUGGUUCUGCCGCUGCAGUUGUCGCUGCUCUCGCCGUGGCUCGUCCCAUUCUGCAGGCUGCUGGGUUCAACAAGAACAUUGUCGCUGUGGACACAUUCACUGCGCAUCAGAAUAAUCCUCAGAUCUGUCAAUCAUCCGACUUUUGCGCCGUCAACGCCCACGCCUUCUUUGAUCCUAACACAGCGGCCAAUAAUGCAGGCACCUUUGUUGAGAGCGUGAUUGCCCCUAUCUCCCAGAAGGCAAACGGCAAACAAGUCAUCGUCACGGAGUCCGGCUGGCCAUACCAAGGAUCACCUAAUGGCCAGGCUGUCCCAUCCCCUGCUAACCAGGCGAGUGCGAUCUCUUCUCUCAAGGAUGCAUUCAGCUCGAAUCCAGGCGGCAUCUUCCUGUUCCAGGCCUAUGAUGCUACUUACAAGGCGCCAGGAGCUUUUGGUGUUGAGCAGUACUUUGGCAUUUAUGGCCACUGA